AUGAAUAAAACAAAAGGUUUCUAUGUGACGCAAGUGUUAUGCCUAGCCAAUGGUGCUAUUCCCACAUUCGCAAAGAAACUGGCUUCUGCGGAGGGAUAUGCUUACAGCAUUGGUGACCAGCUCUUGGUCUGGUCAACCUCAGCCACCGGCAAAAAGUCACCCAUGCAAUCGUUUUUCACUAAUCUUCAACUUGAAAACCAAAUUGCUGUCAAAGAUGAGACAAUCGCAACAACGGAUGUGAAAGCCGAUAUCAUUUUUGUGCUCGAUUUAGCGAACUUGAAUGACAACGCCAACUUCAACUUGAUGAUUCAAUACUUCAACGAUUUUACCGCGAAGUUCACAAUUGGGCAAUUCAACGCUCAAUUUGCUGGCAUGUCGUUUGGAAGUCAGAUACAAGAUCAGUUCACGUUGUUGACAUGCGGAAAGAAUCUCACUCUGGGAUGCAUAGAAAAUGAGUUAAGCAAAUGGAAAUCUUCAGCUGCAAACGAUUCUGGUUAUCUUGUACAAGCACUGAAAUCAUUGAACGAUGAUCAACUGAUGUCUGCAAGUGGCUGGAGACAAUCGAAGACUUAUAUUCUGAUAUUUUCAGCUCAAGCACAUCCCACCUGGAACAUGGAUGAGCUAAACGAAGCUUGUCUGCUUCUCCACAACAAAAACGGAUUUAUUUACUAUCUCGACAUGGCAAAUGGAGUUAUGCCAGCUGAUAUGAAGAAAUAUUUUGAUGGAAACUUCUCAAUCAGUGACCCGAGUCACUUAAAACUUAAUUCAACAGCUGAUCAAGAUUUAGUCCUCGCUGUCACAUCAAGUUACCAUGCCUUCCAAUAUCCAAUACCAAUGAAUUUGUCAAAUGUCAUUGCUGAUUUUGUUUUUAUAGUCGAUCUUUCGGAUCCUGGAAUUUGGACAGAGGUCCAAGCAGUACUCUCAAAUCUUAUCAUUGGAAUGAAUAUCAGCGCCUAUAACUCUCAGGUUUUCCCUCCAACAAGAACAACGUACAUCAUCCAAACACUUGCAUUGAUCCCCGAUACUUCAGUGGUCAACAAAUUUUUUAGCUACAUCACUGACACAUAUACGCUUUUCGUCACUCAACCAACGACCACAAUGGAGACAAAGAUCACCACCACUGGUUACACUUGUCCUGGAUGCAACCCGCCAGCCUCAAGCAUUAUCCUACUGAUAGCAAAGAGCUAUAGCAACCCUUUUUACACAAGCUCAUGGUGGCUCAAUCAAACCGUCUCGAUGAUCACUCAAUUGAGUGAAAACUGGAGUAAUUUUGACCGAAUAUCAAUCCUCUCCUUUGAUAGUGAUGUCUACGUGGAAAAAGGUCUUCACAAUAUGAAUAACUUCUCAGAGUUCUCGAAUGUACUUCGCAAUAUUCAGUCGAACAAUGGAACAUUGGAUUUGGCCAAAGCUUUACAAAUGAUUGAUGAGACUUUUAAACCGUAUGCUGGUAUGCCGCAAAACGUUGUGCUCUUCAUGGGUGAUGGUGUGAAUGACACCAUGGCCAAAGCAAUUCCUUAUGCCCAAAAUCUGAUGGCAAAAGGAACUGUUUUAGCGGUUUCGAUAAAUGGAACUUUAUACACGCAAGUCGCCUCCAACAACUCGGCAAUCUCUUGCUUUGCCUACAGUUACAUUCCCACAGCAUAUGGCUGCGCUAUGGAAAUUGAUAGACUUUUGGGUGCUAUUGUGCCGACUACAACAACAACGACAACAACGACAACAACCACACAAUCAACAACGACUACAACUAAGAUUCCUAUGACCUCUGACUAUGAACUUUCUACAGAACCUAAUAUGACAACUCCAAAUGGAACACCCUCAACUGUGACCCCGACUGGAUCGACCACAAGGGGAGGAACUCCAACUGACACCACAUUGAACACCACAACAACGACGACCACAACAACGACGAACACAACAACGACGACCACAACAACGACGAACACAACAACGACGAACACAACAACGAUGAACACAACAACGACGAACACAACAACGACGACCACAAUAUCGACGACCACAACGGAAGCAACCCCGACUGACACCACAUUGAACACCACAACAACGACUACCACAACGGGAGCAACUUCAACUGACACCACAUUGAACACCACCACAACGGGAGCAACUUCAACUGACACCACAUUGAACACCACCACAACGGGAGCAACUUCAACUGACACCACAUUGAACACCACCACAACGGGAGCAACUUCAACUGACACCACAUUGAACACCACCACAACGGGAGCAACUUCAACUGACACCACAUUGAACACCACCACAACGGGAGCAACUUCAACUGACACCACAUUGAACACCACCACAACGGGAGCAACUUCAACUGACACCACAUUGAACACCGCAACAACGACGACCACAACUCCUAACACCGGACCGCCUAUUUCAACAACCACUGACAUGAACACAACAACUUCGGACUCGUUGGCGGGAAGAAAUGUGGACAUCGUUCUCCUCCUUGACACCUCAUCCACCGCUGAGCCGUACUUCGGUGACUACAUCACAUUCGUGAAAACGUUCUUCACGGCGUUCACGGUGAGCCAAGCGAGAACGAGGAUUGGAAUUGUGGCCGUUCCCGGAGAUGAGCUUGCAACGUUCCCCCUUGCUGUACUUGGACAAAUUGGUAAUACGACUCAACUCUUCGCAAUUCUUGACAACAUCAAGAACCACUUCACCGAUUUCUCAGAUCAAGGCCAAUAUGCUGGAAAAGCCCUUGAUUUUGUCCGUCAAUUCUAUAUGUCACCGGGGAAUAGUUACCGACCAGAGAUAAACAACCAUUGGAUCAUCUAUUUGACAUCGGCGGUCAACAUUACCGACUUGGAUGAUGCUAUCACUAAUGCGAACUUCUUAAAGUCUGGCAAGUACUACUCGAUUGCUGGAAUCGCUUAUGGAACUGGAGUUAUGGACAAACUGACGCUUGAGAAAGUUUCACCCGUUCAAUUGUCCAAUGUCGAUCUCCAAUGGCCACAAGAUCACCCGGAAGAGAUUCUCCCCAGCGACGAUCUAGUCAACUUCGGGUUUUUCUUCGUGCAGAUCACUCAAUAUUUGCGCAAGUCCAACUGCUGGAGCUCGUGUCAAAACUUUCUCACGAUGGAUUCAACUCAAAUCAUCCGCAACAAGCCAUGUCUCUGCAAGCGUGUCAACGACCAAUCAGAUGUCGAUCUCUCCGCUUAUUUCUAUGCAAUGGGAGGUGCCAUGUUGCCCGGCCACCGAAAUUGGACUCGUCAAGAUCAGCAG